AGUAGUAGUAGUAGUAGUAGUAGUAGUAGUAGUAGUAGUAGUAGUAGUAGUAGUAGUAGUAGUAGUAGUAGUAGUAGUAGUAGUAGUAGUAGUAGUAGUAGUAGUAGUAGUAGUAGUAGUAGUAGUAGUAGUAGUAGUAGUAGUAGUAGUAGUAGUAGUAGUAGUAGUAGUAGUAGUAGUAGUAGUAGUAGUAGUAGUAGUAGUAGUAGUAGUAGUAGUAGUAGUAGUAGUAGUAGUAGUAGUAGUAGUAGUAGUAGUAGUAGUAGUAGUAGUAGUAGUAGUAGUAGUAGUAGUAGUAGUAGUAGUAGUAGUAGUAGUAGUAGUAGUAGUAGUAGUAGUAGUAGUAGUAGUAGUAGUAGUAGUAGUAGUAGUAGUAGUAGUAGUAGUAGUAGUAGUAGUAGUAGUAGUAGUAGUAGUAGUAGUAGUAGUAGUAGUAGUAGUAGUAGUAGUAGUAGUAGUAGUAGUAGUAGUAGUAGUAGUAGUAGUAGUAGUAGUAGUAGUAGUAGUAGUAGUAGUAGUAGUAGUAGUAGUAGUAGUAGUAGUAGUAGUAGUAGUAGUAGUAGUAGUAGUAGUAGUAGUAGUAGUAGUAGUAGUAGUAGUAGUAGUAGUAGUAGUAGUAGUAGUAGUAGUAGUAGUAGUAGUAGUAGUAGUAGUAGUAGUAGUAGUAGUAGUAGUAGUAGUAGUAGUAGUAGUAGUAGUAGUAGUAGUAGUAGUAGUAGUAGUAGUAGUAGUAGUAGUAGUAGUAGUAGUAGUAGUAGUAGUAGUAGUAGUAGUAGUAGUAGUAGUAGUAGUAGUAGUAGUAGUAGUAGUAGUAGUAGUAGUAGUAGUAGUAGUAGUAGUAGUAGUAGUAGUAGUAGUAGUAGUAGUAGUAGUAGUAGUAGUAGUAGUAGUAGUAGUAGUAGUAGUAGUAGUAGUAGUAGUAGUAGUAGUAGUAGUAGUAGUAGUAGUAGUAGUAGUAGUAGUAGUAGUAGUAGUAGUAGUAGUAGUAGUAGUAGUAGUAGUAGUAGUAGUAGUAGUAGUAGUAGUAGUAGUAGUAGUAGUAGUAGUAGUAGUAGUAGUAGUAGUAGUAGUAGUAGUAGUAGUAGUAGUAGUAGUAGUAGUAGUAGUAGUAGUAGUAGUAGUAGUAGUAGUAGUAGUAGUAGUAGUAGUAGUAGUAGUAGUAGUAGUAGUAGUAGUAGUAGUAGUAGUAGUAGUAGUAGUAGUAGUAGUAGUAGUAGUAGUAGUAGUAGUAGUAGUAGUAGUAGUAGUAGUAGUAGUAGUAGUAGUAGUAGUAGUAGUAGUAGUAGUAGUAGUAGUAGUAGUAGUAGUAGUAGUAGUAGUAGUAGUAGUAGUAGUAGUAGUAGUAGUAGUAGUAGUAGUAGUAGUAGUAGUAGUAGUAGUAGUAGUAGUAGUAGUAGUAGUAGUAGUAGUAGUAGUAGUAGUAGUAGUAGUAGUAGUAGUAGUAGUAGUAGUAGUAGUAGUAGUAGUAGUAGUAGUAGUAGUAGUAGUAGUAGUAGUAGUAGUAGUAGUAGUAGUAGUAGUAGUAGUAGUAGUAGUAGUAGUAGUAGUAGUAGUAGUAGUAGUAGUAGUAGUAGUAGUAGUAGUAGUAGUAGUAGUAGUAGUAGUAGUAGUAGUAGUAGUAGUAGUAGUAGUAGUAGUAGUAGUAGUAGUAGUAGUAGUAGUAGUAGUAGUAGUAGUAGUAGUAGUAGUAGUAGUAGUAGUAGUAGUAGUAGUAGUAGUAGUAGUAGUAGUAGUAGUAGUAGUAGUAGUAGUAGUAGUAGUAGUAGUAGUAGUAGUAGUAGUAGUAGUAGUAGUAGUAGUAGUAGUAGUAGUAGUAGUAGUAGUAGUAGUAGUAGUAGUAGUAGUAGUAGUAGUAGUAGUAGUAGUAGUAGUAGUAGUAGUAGUAGUAGUAGUAGUAGUAGUAGUAGUAGUAGUAGUAGCUAUAGUAGUAGUAGUAGUAGUAGUAGUAGUAGUAGUAGUAGUAGUAGUAGUAGUAGUAGUAGUAGUAGUAGUAGUAGUAGUAGUAGUAGUAGUAGUAGUAGUAGUAGUAGUAGUAGUAGUAGUAGUAGUAGUAGUAGUAGUAGUAGUAGUAGUAGUAGUAGUAGUAGUAGUAGUAGUAGUAGUAGUAGUAGUAGUAGUAGUAGUAGUAGUAGUAGUAGUAGUAGUAGUAGUAGUAGUAGUAGUAGUAGUAGUAGUAGUAGUAGUAGUAGUAGUAGUAGUAGUAGUAGUAGUAGUAGUAGUAGUAGUAGUAGUAGUAGUAGUAGUAGUAGUAGUAGUAGUAGUAGUAGUAGUAGUAGUAGUAGUAGUAGUAGUAGUAGUAGUAGUAGUAGUAGUAGUAGUAGUAGUAGUAGUAGUAGUAGUAGUAGUAGUAGUAGUAGUAGUAGUAGUAGUAGUAGUAGUAGUAGUAGUAGUAGUAGUAGUAGUAGUAGUAGUAGUAGUAGUAGUAGUAGUAGUAGUAGUAGUAGUAGUAGUAGUAGUAGUAGUAGUAGUAGUAGUAGUAGUAGUAGUAGUAGUAGUAGUAGUAGUAGUAGUAGUAGUAGUAGUAGUAGUAGUAGUAGUAGUAGUAGUAGUAGUAGU